AUGGAGCCGCGCGCGGGCUGCCGCCUGCCGGUGCUGGUGGAGCGGGUGGCGCCCGGCGCCCUGGUGGUCACCUGGAGCUGCGGCGAGCGCCGUUUCACCGGGAUCCUGCUGGACUGCACGCACGGGUCCAGCUUCUUGGGACCGCCUCCACCAGCUUCGCGGCCCAAGUCUCAGGACACAACUGCCAGCCACCACUGUGGCCGGGCCCCCCAGGAAGGGGACAGCGAGGCCAUUCAUCUGGGAGCAGACUCUUCACUUCUCUGUGCCAAGAACGUGACCUCUGAGUGCCCCCCACCGCUGGCCCCACCACCCCCACCUGCUGGAAGCCAGCCCCUCUACCCUCCAUACUUUGAAGACGCCCCCUUCCCACACCCCCUCUGGCUGAGGCACACGUAUGGCCAGUGGGUGCCACAGCCCCCACCCAGGCCCAUCAAGCGCACCCGGAGACGCCUUUCCCGAAACCGGGCCCCAGGGCGCCUCAUCCUGAGCACCAUCCGUCUACGGCCCCGCCAGGUCCUGUGCCAAAAGUGUCAGAGCUCAGUGAGCCCUGAGCAGAGCCCUCACGGGGCCGCCCCUGCAGCGCCCCCCAGGAGGCCAGCCAGCUGUCCUGACCUGGAGCCACAGCAACAGGAGGGCCCUCGAGUGGCCCCUUCGAGGAGGAGCCGCAGGGAGGAGGACCUGCCCGGAGAGCUGGUGCCCCGGAGCCCCGUCAUCACCAUCUCUUACAGCACGCCCCAGGGCACCGGUGAGGUGGUGAAGAUCCCCUCCCGCAUGCAUGGGUCCCUGGAGCCCUUCCAUCCCCCCCUCAGCGGCCACCAGGACCCCAAGGUGCCAGAUGCUGAGCUCCAGGCUGGUAGGGACAUGUCUCCCGCUGCAUCCACAACUUCCAUCCCCAAGCUGAAGUUGAUGCGGCCAGCACCCCCUGGCCGGGACGCUCCCCCCCCCAAGAUCCGCCUGAGGCCACACUGGCCGGGGACAGGUGAGCCAGUGUACAGGGCCGAGCUGGUGGAGGGCCUCAGCGGCCACCCGGCCAACACCGCAGCGCUCUUUGCCAACGGCUCGUCCCGAGACAGGAUGGCAGACAGGUCUCCUGGCAACUCCAGUGAAGAGGAAAGCGUCACGUUCCCCCGGGGUGAGCCCAGGCACCAGGACCUGGCCUUUCUGGUCAACUACCCGAUGAGGAAGGCCGAUUCUGCCUGCGAGUCCGUGUGCAGUAGCGACAGCCCGGAGGAGUCCAAGGUGUCCAGCCCAGAGCGGGCAGCAGCACGGCCCUGUGAGCUCUCGCCUCGUGGCAGGGUGCAGGCACCUUCGUCCCCCAGAGCUGGGCGGCCCACAGUCCCGCCCCUGACGGUCAGGCUGCACACACAGAGUGUCUCCAGGGGUGUGACCGAGGACGGCAGGACGGUGGCUGUGGGGGACAUCGUGUGGGGCAAGAUCCCCGGGUUCCCCUGGUGGCCGGCCCGCAUCCUGGAUAUCAGCCUCAGCCGGAAGGAGCAAGGUGCUCCCUCCUGGAGAGAAGCCAAGGUUUCCUGGUUCGGUUCUCCAACCACGUCCCUCUUGUCUCUUUCCAAACUGGCUCCUUUCUCGGAGUUUUUCAAACUGAGGUUCAACCGCAAGAAGAAGGGGAUGUACCGGAAAGCCAUUGCUGAGGCCGCUACUGCCGCCGGCCACGUGGCUCCGGAGCUCAGGGAGCUCCUGGCCCAGUUUGACAAUAGUGGUCCGGAGCCCAGUGUCUCUCAGGCCCUGCUCGCAUCACUCCUGUUUAUGGACGGGAAGGCUGAGGCCCAGGUGGCCACUUGGCCAAGGUCCGGCGUCUCCUGCUCAGAGCUGACUCGUGAACGUAACCACGGAUUUUUCGGCAGACACAGUGCCUGCCUGGUGUUCCGUGUGGUCCCCUUUGGUCCACUGUCUGGCAGUGACAACCUCCUGCGACCUCAGACACUGCAGGCCCCCAGCACUGGAGACGUGAUUGAUCUGGGCUCCCCACUCAUCUGUGAGCAUCAGAGUAAGCAGGUCAGCCAGCAGAAGGUGCACAGAGCGGCAGUGUCCAGGGCGAAGACGGCCCCUCAAUGA